AUGAAGCGCAAAAGGGGGAUCACCUUUUCUGUGGGUCUUUUUCUACUAUGCUCUUUGUUAAUCGGUCUAGGGUUGGGUUUGGAGGAUUCCUCAGGAGAAUCCCCCCCCAAAGACAGCUUCCUAUCAACCUGCAUGGAAGUCAUUGAUGCGAUAACAUUCUACGAAGACGAGCUGCAGAAGUACAAGUAUGACGAUGAGUGUGCACCCUAUCGGUACAUAGGCAAUGCAGUUUUGGAAAAGAACAAUUUGAAAAAAAAUGUCAUCUCAGAUGGAGAGCUAUUCUGUGAGAGUUCAUUCGAAAGGAAAAAAAGUGUGCAUGAAAAUGGGGGUCACAAAUCAGUCUAUGUAAAUGGUUAUAAAGAGCACAUAACUGAAACUUUCCAUUUUGAGGAAGACCAAAGGGACGACUGCAUCGGUAUGGUUAAUCUGUUUAACAGCUGCUCCACUGUUAGAAGAAGCGUCUUUGGAGAUACACCUCUCAUCCAUUGUGCUGAACAAAGCGAAAAGCAUUUUUGCAAUAGAAGGGUUCAAAAAAUGGAGGAUAAAAAUUAUAUAUACACCUGCUCAGACAUGAUAGUGCCUUAUUUGUUGGGCGCAAAGAAUAAGGAGAAGACGUACAGCCAAAUGUGCCACGAUGUAAAAGAUUACGCAAAGGUGUUGAAGAAUGAAAAAAAUGAAAUUUUUAAAAAAAAAAAAAAAAACAAGAAAGUGUGA